AUGGUAACGCUCUCUCUAAUGGUAACGCCCCUCUCUAAUGGUAACGCCCUCUCCAAUGGUAACGCCCUUUCUCAUGGUAACCGCUCUCUAACGCGGCUCUCUAAUGGUAACGCCCUCUCUAAUGGUAACGCCCUUCUAAUGGUAACGCGCUCUCUAAUAGGUAACGCUCUCUCUAAUGGUAACGCCCUCUCUAAUGGUAACGCCCUCUCUAAUGGUAACGGCCUCUCUAAUGGUAACGGCCUCUCUAAUGAUAACGGCCUCUCUAAUGGUAAUGCCCUCUCUAAUGGUAACGCCCUCUCUAAUGGUAACGCCCUCUCUAAUGGUAAUGCCAUCUCUAAUGGUAACGGCCUCUCUAAUGGUAACGGUCUCUCUAAUGGUAACGGCCUCUCUAAUGGUAACGCCCUCUCUAAUUGUAACGCCCUCUCUAAUGGUAACGCCCUCUCUAAUGGUAACGCAAUUUCUAAUGGUAACGCCCGCUCUAAUGGUAACGCCCUCUCUAAUAAUAACGCCCUCUCUAAUGGUAACGCCCUCUCUAAUGGUAAUGCCAUCUCUAAUGGUAACGGCCUCUCUAAUGGUAACGGUCUCUCUAAUGGUAACGACCUCUCUAAUGGUAACGCCCUCUCUAAUUGUAACGCCCUCUCUAAUGGUAACGCCCUCUCUAAUGGUAACGCAAUUUCUAAUGGUAACGCCCGCUCUAAUGGUAACGCCGUCUCUAAUGGUAACGCCCUCUUUAAUGGUAACGCCCUCUCUAAUGGUAACGCCCUCUCUAAUGGUAACGCCCUCUUUAAUGGUAACGCCCUCUCUAAUGGUAACGCCCUUUUUAAUGGUAACGCCCUCUCUAAUGGUAACGCCCUCUCUAAUGGUAACGCCUCCCUAAUGGUGACGCCCUCUCUUAUGGUGACGCCCUCUCUAAUGGUAAUGCCCUCUCUAAUGGUGACGCCCUCUCUAAUGCGCCCUCUCUCUAAUGGUAGCGCCCUCUCUAAUAGUAGCGCCCUCUCUAAUGGUAGCGCCAUCUCUAAUGGUAACGCCCUCUCUAAUGGUAACGCCCUCUCUAAUGGUAACGCCCUCUCUAAUGGUAACGCCCUCUCUAAUGAUAACGCCCUCUCUAAUGGUAACGCCCUCUCUAAUGGUAACGCCCUCUCUAAUGGUAACGCCCUCUCUAAUGGUAACGCCCUCUCUAAUGGUAACGCCCUCUCUAAUGGUAACGCCCUCCCUAAUGGUAACGCCCUCUCUAAUGGUAACGGCCUUUCUAAUGGUAACGCCAUCUCUAAUGGUAACGCUUUCUCUAAUGGUGACGCCCUCUUUAAUGGUAACGCCCUCUCUAAUGGUAACGCCCUCUCUAAUGGUAACGCAAUUUCUAAUGGUAACGCCCGCUCUAAUGGUAACGCCCUCUCUAAUGGUAACGCCCUCUCUAAUGGUAACGCCCUCUCUAAUGGUAACGCCCUCUCUAAUGGUAACGCCCUCUCUAAUGGUAACGCCCUCUCUAAUGGUAACGCCCUCUAUAAUGGUAACGCCCUCUCUAAUGGUAACGCCCUCUCUAAUGGUAACGGCCUUUCUAAUGGUAACGCCCUCUCUAAUGGUAACGCCCUCUCUAAUGGUAACGCCCUCUCUAAUGGUAACGCCCUCUCUAAUGGUAACGCCCUCUCUAAUGGUAACGCCCUCUCUAAUGGUAACGCCCUUCUAAUGGUAACGCCCUCUUAA